AUGCACGGAAUGCCCACGCGAUUCAUGCAACGACUGUUUUCUGGCGGCACGCUCUUAGACGAUGCCACCAAGCUGGACUUCACGGAAGAACUGGAGCUUGUCCUGCUUCCGCAAGCCAUUCCAUCCCACAUGCAAGCUUCUGAACUGCUUACUGGUGCCAGGAAGGGCUCCUUCGUCGAGGUGGAGUCCUUGUUGCAGCAGCCUUUGAAUCCAGACAUUGGCGAUCGGUUUUCCAGAACCCCGCUGAUGCAUGCAUCUGAGCACGGCCACAUCAGUAUUCUUCAGUUGCUGCUGGAGGCCGGUGCGGACAAGGAGUUGAGGGACUGUGACGGCAAAACUGGCCUGAUGAUAGCAUGUUUUCGUGGCCAAGCCGAGGUUGCACGUUUGCUCUUGGAGGCGAGUGCUGACAAGGAUUCAGUCGACAAUAGCGGCAGCACCGCCCUGUUUGGUGCUUCAAGUGUAGGCCACUCUGAAGUUGUACGCUUGCUGUUAGGGUCCGGUGCCGACAAGGACGUCGCCAACAAAACCGGCACCACUGCAUUGAUGCGGGCUUCCGAAAAUGGGCAAACUGAAGUCGCGUGCUUGCUAUUGAAGGCCGGUGUUCUCAAGGAUGCCGCCGACAGAACAGGUGCAACCGCCUUGAUGCGCGCUUCGGAGGGAGGUCAUCUAGGAGUCACUCGUUUGCUGUUGGAGGCUGGUGCCGACAAGGACUUAGCCGACCAUGACGGCGACACUCCCCUGAUGCGUGCCUCUGCUAACAACCACAUCGAAGUCAUGCAUUGUUUGUUGGAGGCCGGUGCCAACAAGGACCAAGCCACUUCUGAUGGUACCACUGCGUUGAUGCAAACUUCUUGCAACGGCAAUCUGGAAGUGUUGCGUUUCCUGUUGGAGGCCGCUGCUGACAGCAACUUAGCCAGAAACGACGGCCAAACUGCUUUGAUACUGGCUUCUCGACGAGACCAUUUCGAAGUUCUACGCUUGUUGCUGGAGGCAGGUGCCGGGAAGGACUUGGCCGACAAUAUCGGUGCCACUGCCGUGAUACAUGCUUCUGGACGAGGCCACAUUGAAGCUCUGCGCGUGCUUCUGCAAGCUGCUGCCGACAGCAAUUUAGCCAGAAACGACGGCAAAACUGCCUUAAUGAUGGCUUCUCGAUCAGGCGCGGUUGAUGUGGCACAUUUGCUGUUGAAGGCCGGUUCCGACAAGGAUUCAGCCGACACUAACGGAAUUACUGCCCUCAUGUGGGCUGCAGAUCAUGGCCGUGUUGAAGUUCUGCGUUUGUUGCUGGAGGCGGGCGCCAGCAAGGACUUGGCGGACGGUAUCGGUGCUACUGCCAUGAUUCAUGCUUCCGGACGAGGCCACAUUGAAGUCGUGCGCAUGCUUCUGGAAGCUGCUGCCGACAGCAGUUUAGCCACCAACGACGGCCGAACUGCCUUAAUGAUGGCUCCUUCACGACACAAGAUUGAGGUGGCGGAUUUGCUGCUGGAGGUCGGUGACGGGGGUUCCGCCGACACCUGA